CGUCAAAUGUUUGAGCUAGUUUUCAUCCAACCAAUACUACAACAUUCAAAUUUCAAAGAAUAGAGGCAUCACAAUUAACUUGAUGGCUCCUCCUAUUACUUUUCCAUCAUUAGUUCCCAUGGCAAUGUUGAUCAUUGCUUUUCUAGCAUUAUGUCUAAUCCCUCAGCCUGCACAAGCCAUCACCAGACACUAUGAGUUCAAUAUUACAAUGCAAAAUGUGACAAGAUUAUGUCAUACAAAGAGCAUAGUGACAGUCAAUGGAAAAUUCCCAGGGCCUCGUAUUGUGACAAGGGAGGGUGAUCGUCUACUUAUAAAAGUCAUCAACCAUGUUCCCAACAAUAUUACCCUUCAUUGGCAUGGAGUUAGACAACUUCGUAAUGGAUGGGCAGAUGGACCAGCAUACAUAACACAAUGCCCCAUUCAAACUGGCCAAACUUAUGUAUACAAUUACACAAUUGUUGGGCAAAGAGGGACUUUGUGGUGGCAUGCACAUAUUUCAUGGCUAAGAUCUACUGUUUAUGGUCCUCUAAUUAUCCUUCCAAAGGAAAAUGUAUCUUACCCUUUUGUUAAACCAUACAAGGAAGUCCCUAUCAUCUUAGGAGAAUGGUUCAAUGCUGAUCCUGAGGCCAUUAUUAGCCAAGCACUACAAACUGGUGGAGGCCCAAAUGUCUCUGAUGCCUACACCAUCAAUGGCCUUCCAGGGCCCUUGUACAAUUGCUCCGCAAAAGAUACAUUUAAGCUAAAGGUCAAGCCAGGAAAAACAUACCUACUACGUAUGAUCAAUGGUGCACUGAAUGAUGAGCUUUUCUUCAGCAUUGCAAAUCAUACACUCACAGUAGUUGAAGCUGAUGCAUUAUACAUCAAACCAUUUGACACUGAAACACUACUUCUAACACCAGGACAAACCACAAAUGUACUUUUGAAAACCAAAUCUGAAUACCCUGAUGCCACUUUUCUCAUGUCUGCUAGACCCUAUGUCACUGGCCAAGGCACAUUUGACAACUCCACUGUUGCUGGAAUUCUUGAAUACGAAUCGCCAACGCUUCAUUCGACUAAAUCAGUGAAGAAAAUUCCCCUAUUUAAGCCUGUUUUACCUCCCCUAAAUGAUACUACCUUUGCUGCUAAUUUCAGUAAAAGGUUUCGGAGUCUGGCAAACUCUCAAUUUCCUGCUAACGUACCACAAAACGUUGACAAACGUUUGUUUUUCACAGUAGGCCUUGGCACGAACCCUUGUGACAAGAACCAAACUUGUCAAGGUCCUAACGGGACCAAAUUCGCAGCAUCGAUUAAUAACGUUUCAUUUGUACAACCUACAAUUGCUCUACUCCAAUCUCAUUUUUCUGGACAAUCAAAGGGUGUUUAUAGUCCUUUUUUUCCUGUCAAUCCUUUGAAUUGGUUCAAUUAUACAGGGAAUCCUCCAAAUAACACAAUGGUUAAUAAUGGUACUAAAGUUUUGGUACUUCCUUUUAAUACUAGUGUUGAGCUAAUCAUGCAAGAUACAAGCAUUCUUGGUGCUGAAAGUCAUCCUCUUCACCUUCAUGGCUUCAAUUUCUUUGUUGUUGGCCAAGGUUUUGGCAACUUUGACCCUAAUAAGGAUCCUGCUAAAUUCAAUCUCAUUGACCCUGUUGAGAGAAAUACUAUAGGUGUGCCAUCUGGCGGUUGGGUCGCUAUUCGAUUUUUAGCUGAUAAUCCAGGUGUUUGGUUUAUGCAUUGUCACUUGGAAGUGCAUACAAGUUGGGGAUUGAAGAUGGCAUGGCUUGUUUUAGAUGGAAAGCUUCCCAAUCAAAAACUCAUUCCACCUCCAUCUGAUCUUCCUCAGUGCUAAUUUCUUUGUCUUGAUUUUUUUUGGUCCUUUGUGUUUUGGUGUAUUUGCUUUAACAUUAUUCAUUUUUGUUGAAACUGACUGGCCUUUUCAUUGUCAUGGUCUUAAGGAGAGGGUGAAAAAUUUGACUGCCUUUUGUAACUAUUUUAUAGUAGGAUUCCCUUUUACAGUCUAUGCAAGUGAGAAUAAAUGGAAUUUUAUUUCUUUUAACUCUUUA